AUGCUCGCUGGCUCGACGACGCCGGCGGGCGACCUCGCCUGCCGCGCCGCGACGUCGCUCGCGGUGCGCGCCAGGGCGACACGCACGUUCGCGCGGCACGCGUCGACGUCGCACGCGACGCGGAACGGAGGCUUCGCCGCGGGCCCGGUGCGCCGACACUCCAAAUUCUGGGGCGAGCGCUGUUCGCCCGCGUGGAGGCGAUCUAUGUCCGUGAGGAGCGCGGUUGCGUUCCCGGACGACGCGGUGGAGAGCGCGGACAGCGACGAGGAGAACGACGACAAGCCCCCGAAGAUCUUGCGGUUCAACGGCGACAAGAUCUCGCUGCACAAGACCAACGGAAACGGCAACGGCAGACGCGCGGCGUCCGGCGUGUACGAGCUCGACGUGGACGCCGACGACAAGCGCGCGGCAUCGUCCGCGACAGACGACGACAAGCCGUCCAACCUCGCGGGACUGAUCGACGAGGUCGCCAUCGUCGAGGACGCCGCCGAGGCGAGGCGAGUGCUGAAGAUCUUGAUGGCCAACACCGGGGACGCGGACCGACCGGUGUACCACGCCGUGGACACCGAGGUGUCGCACAUCGACGUGAGCGAGCAGUGCCCGGUGGGCCACGGCCGCGUCACCUGCUUCUCCGUGUACUGCGGACCGGAUGUGGACUUUGGAGCCAGCCAGUCGGGGGGAAACGGCUCGAAGAACUCGAGAAAGAACGGAUCAACGGGGCCCGCGGGCGGGAAGCCCAAGACGCUGCUGUGGGUGGACACCAUGUCCCUCGGUGACGAGGGUUGGAAGAUCUUCAAGCCCUACUUCGAGUCUCCGGACGUGAAGAAGGUGUGGCACAACUACGGAUUCGACAGGCACGUCAUCGAGAACCACGGGGUGAAGCUGGCUGGAUUCGCCGCGGACACCAUGCACAUGGCGAGGCUGUGGAACAGCAACCGCAAGCUCGAGGGCGGGUACUCGCUCGAGGCGCUGUCGUCCGAUCCCAAGGUGAUGUCGGACGCGGGGGAGAUGUACUCCGAGGCUGGCGAGGAGCUGAUCCGCAGCAAGCGCGGGAUGAAGAAGAUCUUCGGAAAGGCAAAGCUCAAGAAGGACGGAACGCCGGGUAAGACGGUGAUCCUGCCGCCGAUCGACGAGAUCCAGACCGAUCCCGAGCAGAGGGAGACGUGGAUCGAGUACUCCGCCUUGGACGCGCAGGCGACGUGGUUCCUGCGCGAGUCUCUCGAGGCUAAGCUCAGAGGCAUCGACUGCGAGGCGUGUCCGGUGCUGUCGAAGAAGCCGACGUUUCGUCGAUGCUCCAACCUCUGGGAUUUUUACGUGCACUACCUCAGGGAGUUUGGCGAGGUGCUGACGGACAUGGAGAGCAACGGCAUGUACGUCGACAAGGCGCACUUGGCCGACGCGGAGAAACGUGCGCUUGAAGACAAGAAGGUGGCGGAGGACUACUUCAGGGCGUGGGCCACGGGUAAGUGCCCCGCGGCGGAGCACAUGAACGUCGGUUCCGGCAUCCAGGUCCGGCAGCUCCUCUUCGCCGGAGCCCCCAACAAGAGGCGGGAUAAGCCCGGCGUGGAGAAGACGCGCGAGUUCGCGAUGGUGUCGAAGGAGUGGACCGAGUGGGACGAGAACGGGCGGGAGGGUAAGGCGCCGAAGAAGGCUGCCAAGUUUGAGCUUCACGGCAUCACCAAGCGGAACUUGCAGCCGCCGGUGUACACCACCACCGGCUUACCCGCGGUGUCCUCGGUGGUUCUCAGGGCGCUCGCGGGCAAGCCGGGCGCCGCGCGCGAGCUCGUGGACAACUGGGACGCCCUCGCCGAUGAUCAGAAGAAGGACGAGGCGCUGGCGAAGAAGUGCGGCAGCGCGUUCCUGGCCUUUGGCGGCGGCUUUGACGGCGUCGAGGCGUGUGCCGCCAUCGAUGCCCUGAACGACGUCGCCGCCAUCGACACCCUCCUCUCCAACUUUAUUAUUCCGCUGCAGAGCGAUAACCUCCGCGGAUUCAACGGCCGGGUGCACGCGGCGCUCAACAUCAACACCGAGACUGGCCGACUCUCCGCGCGCAGGCCGUCCCUCCAGAACCAGCCCGCGCUGGAAAAGGACCGCUACGGCAUUCGAAAGGCUUUCAGCGCCGAGCCCGGGAACAUCCUCAUCGUCGCCGAUUACGGCCAGCUGGAGCUUCGUCUGCUCGCGCACAUGGCCGGGUGCGUCUCCAUGCGAGAGGCGUUUGAGGCUGGAGGCGAUUUCCACAGCAGGACCGCGAUGGGAAUGUACAAGGAGAUCAGGGAGGCGAUGGAGCAAGGGAAGUGUCUGCUGGAGUACGGUGACAUCGACGACGACGCGGGCGGCGAGAAGCCGGCGCUGGUGAAGGACAUGUUCGCGUCCGAGAGGAGAAAGGCAAAGGUGCUCAACUUUUCAAUCGCGUACGGUAAGACGGCGCACGGACUGGCGAAGGACUUUGGCGUCAGCACCAGGGAGGCUGAGGAGACCGUGGACCUGUGGUACAGCGACAGGCCGGAGGUGCGGGAGUGGCAGGCUGUGCAGCACAAAAAAGCGGCGGAGAAGGGCAAGGUGAACACGCUCUUGGGCCGACACAGGAACCUGCCCGAGGCGUCGAGCAGCGAUGAGAUGCGACGGGGGCACGCGUUGCGCGCCAGCAUCAACACCCCGAUCCAGGGCGGCGCCGCGGACAUCGCCAUGCUCGCGAUGAUUCAGAUCCACCGGUGCCCGAGGCUGAGGGAGCUCGGUUUCAAGCUUCUGAUGCAGAUACACGACGAGGUGAUUCUUGAGGGACCCGAGGAGCACAGAGACGAGGCGCUGGCGCUGGUCAAGCUGCACAUGGAGAAACCGUUCAACGACCACGAGAACCUGUGCGACGUGGAACUCUCCGUGGACGGCGACUACGCCAAGACCUGGUUCGAGGCCAAGUGA